AUGAAGGUUAAGAGAAUAGUAUUGGCAUCAAGGCCAGGGAUUGAUAAGGAGCCGAAGCCAGAAAACUUUCGUCUAGAGGAAGCUGAUUUCAGAGAAGAGCUCUCAGAUGGGCAAGUCUUGGCCAACACCUUGUACCUUUCUGUGGAUCCUUACCUGCGCUAUUGCAUGAAUGAAGAAUCGGCUGGAAGUUACCUUCUGGUGUGGAAGAUCUCUGAAGUUCUUUCCAGUAACGGCAUUGGAGUGGUUGAGCAAAGCAGAAGUAGCCAGUAUAAAGUUGGGGAUAUCGUCUCACAUUUUAACUGGCCCUGGCAGACAAAGUGCAUCUUGGAUGGCAGCUCACUGAAAAAACUGGACCCCAGUCUUGUGGAUGGACACCUAUCUCAUUACCUGGGUCUUCUUGGAAGUACUGGCUUGACAGCUCUACUUGGUAUAAAGGAACAAGGUCAUGUGACCCCUGGAGCUAAUCAGACUUUGGUGGUUAGCGGUGCUGCUGGUGCUUGUGGUUCAUUGGCUGGGCAGAUCGGUCGCCUUCUUGGCUGCUCCCGUGUUAUAGGGAUCUGCGGAACAAAUGAAAAAUGUGCAGUUUUGACCUCGGAGUUGGGUUUUGAUGGGGCUUUGAACUACAAGUUGCCAGGACUUGCAUACAAGCUAAAAGCCUGCUGUCCAAAUGGUGUGGACAUCUACUUUGAUAAUGUUGGUGGAGAAAUCAGUGACAUCGUUAUCAGUCAGAUGAAGAAAAACAGUCACCUUGUUUUAUGUGGUCAGAUCUCCCAGUAUAACAAGGGUGCUGCUUUUGCUAUUGACCCCCAAACUGAAACCACCUUGAAAGAUUGUAACAUUACAAGGGAACUAUUUUUGCUCCUGAACUAUACAGAUCAGUAUGACUCUGCCAAUCUACAACUCAUUGAAUGGCUGAGAGCAGGAAAGCUGAAGGCUAAGGAAACUAUUGUUGAUGGAAUAGAGAACACAGCAGAACACAAGUCUUGA